UUUGUUCACGAAAGUCAUUUAUUGGAAUCGAAGAUGAUCAAAAAAGGAAUGCUAAAACUAUGGAAAAAUUUUCAGAAUCUCUAGCAUUUACAAUAGUCGUCAAAGAUCAUCAUCAUCAUCGUCGUCGCGAAUCGACAAGUAAAAGUUUAUCGAUUUCAAAAACAAAAAUCAUUCAACAACCAUCAAUACAAUUGACAUCGUGUCCACGGUUACCUCAUUCAAAACCUUUGAUACCAACCAUCCGAAUAGAUAAGAAAAAAAUGGUACAAAUACUUGAAGAGGAAAAUGUAUUUCGUCGUGUUGUAUCAAAGAUUGGAUUCAAUACUUUGAAACAAAAUCAUCGAGCUCAAACUAAACACAGAAAAUCAGAAUCUGCUAUAAAACAACAAUUUUCCAAAGGUAUGUGUAAAAAAAUUUUAUCGGAAACGAUAAAGAGACGUAUUAUUGAAUCGAGUGGUGGAAUAAAGUCGUAUAGAAAUGAUGAAUAUAAUGCAAAAUUGACCACAAAUUCAAAAAAUAGUCUGAGAACCAAAUCGACAACUUCAAAUCCAAGUUCUCCAGCAUCGUUUAAAUCAGAUAUUAGUAUUCAAUCACGUUCAUUGAUUAAUCGAAAGCAGAUAGGUGAUAAGUAGCUGAAU